AAAAGCCGCGUAAAGUGGGCACGAGACUGAAACAAACUGGUUACUUUGUCACGCGUCAAAUUUAGGAUUGUUUACAGGUGAUUUUAGUAGUGAUUUCUAUCAUCUAUCAGUAAUUUAGGCGUGUUAAAAUAAGUAUUACAAGAAGGUGAAGGAAGCUGCGUCACUCAGACUUGUUUGUAACUCAAAAGAGGAGAAGUGGACAUGACAAGAUGUUGAUGUUCAAAGCUGGACCACUACAUCCUCUGAAGUUCCUUACAUUCAUCAGCUUCUUCCUGACGUGGCAGAUGUGAGACUAGAGAAUCAUGUUGGAGCCUCCAGAGCCCAGCCAGGAGAUCAAGGACUGGCUAUGCACCCUCCGCCUGUCCCAGUACACCCCAUAUUUCCAGCAGAGAGGCUACCAUGUUCUGGAAGACUGCAAAGACCUCACAGAUGAGCGCCUCCUGGAGCUCAGAGUGUUUCCAACAGGCCAUCGUAGACGCAUCCUCCGCAGUUUGGAAGCGCUACGUGUGACGCAGCAGAGCGGAGGAGAGGAAGAUGAAGAGGGAGGGCUAGAGAACGGCAGGGGCCAGAGGAAACCCGUGCUACACCCAAGACAUAUUUUCCUGCCAGAUAAAAAGAGGGGGACUUCAUGUCAGCACCCUCAGUCAAAUGAGAAGAGCGAGUAUGAUUUGGAGGGAAGUCAGAGUUUGCCUCCAGGAGCAGGACUGGGAUCAGAAUUUGAGGACAUCCCAAAGAGAAAUGUCCGCCCACCUCUACCAGCCCCACGUAAUCCCCAGAACAUCCAAAAGUCCACAUCUCAACAUACCAGCGUCCCUGCCUCCAUGUUGUCCUCCAGUAGCAGCAGCAGCAGUGAGUCCAUCUCCAUUUCUGAAAUCCCCUCAGACUGGGAGGUUUCCUCAGAAGAGCCCUCGCUGUCUAGCACCGACUCUGUCCUCCACCCAACCCUUAGCGAAGACCAAGGAGGUUUUCAAUGCGAGAUGGUAGAAAACUCCAUCUAUGAGAUGCAUACGAGUUUUAAGGUUGCUAAAGGUCCACGGCUCACUCGCUCCUACCGGCUGAGGCACCGGCCUGUCCCUGAGAUCCCAAAUCAGACCAUGCCACCACUGCAGGACAGGAGCGCAACACCAGCGCAAACAACCAGCCCUGAACACCUAACCGGCUUCGAAGGUCCCACCGGUGCAAACGGCAUACAGAAAGCUCCACUUCAAAGAACCUUGACACCUAUUGCUCCCUAUGGAGAAACGUUCCUGUACAACAGACCAGAAAGUGUUCCGGACCAAGGCGGUAAAGAAGUGUUACAGAAGGGUUUUAAAGACAAGAUAAAACAGAAAAAACAGAGAAGAAAGAUUCUCAAAAAGAGAGAUUCAAAGGAAAAAGAGUCUCCUCCUGCUCCAACUAUCCCAGACUCCUACAAAGAUGAAUACUCAACAGUAGUUGAGUGUGCCAGCAUUUUGCCGCAAGCAAGUUUUGACCAAGGUUUCGCGGUAACCCCCAAUGCUCUUGCUGUUGGUGCAGCGGCCUCUGGCUCCGUCUCUCAGGGAGGCUCCUUGAUCAUGGUGGAGUGUGACCUCUACUCAGAGCCUGCAGACGCUCUGAGGGGAGCGAGCAUAAAUGCACUGCCCGAUAUUUCCCCGUAUGCAUGCUUCUAUGGAGCCCCCAAACACAAGGUGCUCAAAGUGGGUUGGCUGGACAAGCUGUCGCCUCAAGGAAAAUGUGUUUUUCAAAGGAGGUGGGUGAGAUUUGACGGCAAGAGUCUGGCUUACUACAACAAUGACAAGGAGAUGUAUUCCAAAGGUAUGAUCCUGGCCAGCGGCAUCAGACAGGUGCGAGGAUUGGGCGACAACAAGUUUGAGGUAGUCACCACCCUUCGGACCUUCAUUUUCCGGGCUGAUAGAGAAGGGGAGCGCCAGGAGUGGAUGGAAACUCUUCAGACGGCCAUGCGCCCCCCUGCCUGCAGCUUCCAGAAGCGCUCAAGCCUCCCCCACCAGUCCUCCACAAACAAACGAGGCUUGCUGGAGCUCCGCGGUUACAAAGGCAGAGUGCUGGUGUCCCUGGCGGGGAGUAAAGUCAGGCUCUGCAAAACAGAACAGGACUACAAAGCGGGCCUGGCUAUUGCUGAAGUGGAACUAACUGCUGCCAAUAUUAGAGACGUGGACCGCAGGGGCUUUGAAAUCAACACACCCUUCAAGAACUUCUGCUUCACGGCCGAGUCAGAAGGGGAGAAGGAGGAGUGGAUUGAAGCGGUCCAAGAAUCGAUCGCCGAGACACUGUCCGACUAUGAAGUGGCGGAGAAGAUCUGGUUCAACGAGGCCAACAGGAGCUGCGCCGACUGUCGUGCCCCGCAGCCGGAGUGGGUGUCCGUCAAUCUGGGCGUGGUCAUCUGUAAGAAGUGUGCAGGGCAGCACCGCUCCCUCGGCCCAAGUAUCUCCAAAGUGCGGAGCUUGAAGUUGGACAGCAGUAUCUGGAGCAAUGAGCUAGUGGAGCUCUUCCUGGAGGUGGGAAACAGGAAUGCUAACAGUUUCUGGGCCUCUAAUCUUCCCUUGGAGGAGGAACUUUACAGCGGGGCUUCGGCGGAGCAGCGUGCCACGUUCGUCCGCAGGAAGUACAGGGAGAGAAAAUACCGGAAGGUCCUGGAGGGUUUUUAUGACUUGGAGCAGCUCAACCAGGCACUGUGUGCAGCUGUGGUGUUGCCUGGCGUCCUGCAGACCAUGGAGCUGGUGUUCAGCGGGGCAGAUGUUAUGUGUGCCACUGGGGAUCCAACCUGUUCCACCCCGUACCUCUUGGCCCAACGUGCUGGACAGAGGCUGCAGAUGGAGUUCCUGCACCAGAACAAACUAUCUGAUUUUCCCAUACUAGAGCAGUGGUCGGAGAACGCCUCCCUGUCCGAUGCUUCGCUCUUCAUGGAUGGCUUCCUCUACAUCUCCUCUGGCCCUGCUAAGACGGCGCUGGACCGCCGCGGAAGAGAUGAAAUUCUACGUCGUUGGUGCACAUUGGAGGGCGGCUUCCUGAGUUAUUAUGAGAGUGAGCGAAACCCAUCAGCCAUCGGCAGGGUGGACAUCACCGAGGUGGUCAGCUUGGCAGUCAGCAACACUGAGACAAUGACUGGAGCAGGGGCUGUGUUUACUGUGGAGCUGUACCUGCAGACAGAGCGAGUACUGAUUGUCGGAGCUGAAACACAGGAAACGCAGCACGACUGGAUCCAGGCGCUAACAAAGUGCUUCAUCCCUUCUAAAGUGGAGGGACUGGUGCAGAGAGACAGCGAGCUGAUUGGCAAACUCCACUACAAAGAAGGCCACGACCUGUACCACUGGAGACUGGGCUGGUUCGCGCUGGAAGGCUCUGCCCUGCACUUCAGUUCAGGAGAAGAGGCAGGAGAGGAGGAAGUCCUUCAACUCAAACAACUGCAUGAGCUCACUGUCUCUACACAUACCGAGGGUGAGGACAAGAUCCAAGUUCUGCUGAUGGUGGAGGGCGGAAGAACAGUUUACAUCCAUGGCUUCAACAAGAUGGACUUCACACUGUGGCACUCUGCCAUCACACAGGCUGCAGGCACGGACGGCAAUGCGCUCAGCGACCAGCAGCUGACGAAAAACGGUGUCCCCAUUAUAGUGGACAGUUGCAUCGCUUUUGUCACUCAGUAUGGUUUGUGCCAGGAGGGGGUCUACCAGAAGCCAGGAGACCCCGGCCGAGUGGCCCUCCUCCUGGAGGAGUUCACUCGCAACGCCCGUAACGUCAAGCUGAGAGAGAAGGAACACCAUUUGGAGGACGUCGCGGGCACACUGAAGGACUUCUUAUCCCAGGCGGAAGAUGCACUGCUGACCAAGGAGCUCUAUCCAUACUGGGUGUCAGCUCUGGAUGAGAAGGACGAGAAGCAGAGAGUGAAAAAGUACUCCACUUUCAUAGAGAGUUUGCCUAAGAUAAACAGGUCAACCCUUGAAGCUCUGCUCCAGCAUCUUUACAGGAUUCAGCAGUGUUCCCACCUCAACCAGAUGCCGAGUGAAAAACUGGCCUCUGUGUUCUCCUCCUGCCUGUUCCAGACUGGAGGACAAACCCCACAGGAAAUUAACGUGGUCCAUGACCUCAUCAACAACUACAUUACGCUCUUCAGUGUCAAUGAAGACCAGGUGCAACAGAUGGAGAGAGAGAAUAGUUUCAUCACACGCUGGAACGACAAAAAGGACACCACAUUCUCUCCAGCUGGGGACUUGAUCUUCGAGGUGUACCUGGAAAAGAGAAAACCAGAGAACUGCUGUUUAAUCAAGGUCUCUCCCAGCAUGCGGUCUACGGAGCUCGCAGAAAGCGCGCUGAGUAUGAGGAACAUCACCUUUAACACCGAUGACUUGUGGACCACCUUUGAAGUAAUUGAGAACGGAGAACUAGAGCGACCGUUGCACCACAGUGAGAAGAUUCUUGAGCAGGUGCUGGAGUGGAGCACACUGGAAUGCCCUAGCUCUGCUUUUCUUGUCAUGAAGAAAUUUGCAGGGGCCGAAAGAGUGGCUGAUGGGAAAGACCAAAGGCAGUUUAUAAAAGGCGACUAUCUGAAGUUCAACGAUGGAUCCAGCAAACUGCUGUCAGGCCACAAAUUCCAGGACAAAUACGUUGUGCUGCGUGCGGAGCAGUUGCUGCUCUACAGAGAUAUCAAAAGCGCUAAAGCAGAGAAAGUGAUCCAGCUCAAGUCUGUGAAAUGUUUCUUGGGCCUGAAGAAAAAGAUCAAACCUCCAACCAGUUGGGGCUUCACAGUCAACGCUGAUAAACAACAAUGGCAUUUCUGCUGCGAGAACAGGGAGGCGCAGGUCAGCUGGGUGACAGACAUCAUCAGGAUGAAGUAUGGUUCUGACCUCUGUGCAAAGAGUGUAAACCCAAAAGAAGCUGUAGUUCACAAAUCCUCCAGAGGGGGAGCUGUGAGCGAAGGUGGGGCGAUUCUACCUCAAAACCACAAUUACAGCCAACAGCCGACAGACAGAAGGACUUCUCUUGAUGAUGGCAACCCAAGGACCGUGAAGGAUGCCAGUCUCCACCAAAAGACAAACACCGCAGCCAACUGCCCAAGGCACAAUGAAAUGCUCAAGGCCCCCGAAGUCCCACGCAGAAGAACUUCUGUGGACGCUGGCCAGCCUCAAUGCCUCCCAUCUCCGUCCCUAUCCAGACACUUACAGCCCAAGGCUUUGCCUCUUCCUCCUCAGAGUGUCUGUAAGACCACCGGCAGGAGACCCAUUCUGGGCGGGGAAGGUUUAAUGCCUCCUAGUCUGAUGAAUGAACUGAACUCAGUGCUAAAUAAGACUGGCCGCACUGCCAAGAACAAUGACUGACAGGAGGAGAAGAAAGGAGAAAGAAACGUACAUAGAAUAGUCUGUUUGAACGAUAGGAAAAACAUUACAGCACUGAGUGGAGAGACAAAGAUGUGGAGACUGACAAAGAAAGACCACACAAUGCAGAUGGAGCCAAAGUACAUUGCUUUCAUGAGGGGGAAUCAUAGCCCAAAGACUGCCUUUGAACUUGGAUAUAUAAAGAGACGCCGAUGCACUAGGGGAUGUGGAAAACAGGUGCAGGAGACAUCGGAGGUCAUGUAGACCUCAGCUUGACAUGGCACUGAACCAAGCACUACAAAACAUGAUUUAUAUGCCACUCUUCUAAACCCCUAGAAUAUGUUAAGCUGUCAAACUUCAGAAGUUUCCAGAAAUACUCCAAACUUGCUUGCUUUAUGCUUUUAUGUUUCCAGUUAAUUUGAAAAGGAAUGGAACUAUGGUCAACACUCUUUUAAUUACAAAAUUUUAGUCAACCUUUAGAUAGACAUGUACAGGAAUAUAAAGAAAAUGAUGCAUCUCAAAUACAAAAGUCUGGUUUAGGGUCCACAAGCCAAUAAUA